AAUUAUAAAAUUAGAACAGAUUUGGGCAGAAAAAGAAAUUAAAAAAAAUCGCAAAUUUCAGACUAAAUGCAUUCAGAUAAUUAAAGAAAUUCUUAAUGAGGAGCCAGUAAUUGAGUACCGUCCUUCUUUCCUGAAUGGGUUAGAACUUGAUGCCUUCUUUCGAAAAUACCAAAUGGCAUUAGAAGUACAAGGGGCGCAGCAUCGGCUUCAUAGCACUAGCUGGUAUAAGGAUGUUAAAAAGCUAGAAGAUAUU